CUGAAUCAGGGUUAGCUUACUGCUGUGUCUGAUAGUAGCAUGUAGAUGAGAGCUGAAGACUCAAAGCAGAGGCUGGAGGUGACUUUCCUGAGCCGCAGACAGAAAAGACGUGUUUCGGUGUGAGUUUACCUCGACGACAUGGAUUACUGGAGUGCCUUGGAGGUGUACAAGGAGAUGCUGGUUCUAUACCUGGAGGAGGGGCGGCGGCAGAUCAACUCACACUGUGCUCACCUGGAGCCGUGGCAGAUCAUCGGUGCCACCGUCAUCACCACUGUGGGAAUGUUAUGGGUCAAAGGAUUCCUUUUCCAGCAAGAAAGUCUCACAUCCAGAAUCAAGAAGCAGUGUUUUCGACUCAUCAGAAAAAUCCCCUUUGUUGGCUCGGCUAUCCAGAGUCAGCUGAACAAGGCCUUAGAUGACAUGUCUGUGAGUUUGUGCUCACUGAAGGAUGGGAUGACCUACACUCACCAGCUGCCAUCCAAAGGCCUCUCUCAGAGCCAAGUCCUGGAUGAAAUCAGACAAUACCAGACUCUGAAUGAGGUGCAGUGGGAGAAAGGAUGUGUUUCUGGUGCAGUCUACUGGGGGGAUGAAUCGCUGACCAAACUGCUGGUGAAGGUAUAUGGAGAUUUUGCCUGGAGUAACCCCCUGCACCCAGACAUCUUCCCUGGUGUUAGGAAGAUGGAAGCAGAGGUUGUGAGAAUGAGUUGCACUCUUUUCCACGGUGGACCGAACUCCUGUGGCACAGUUACCUCAGGGGGAACGGAGAGCAUCCUGAUGGCCUGCAAAGCCUACAGAGACAUGGCGUAUGAACGAGGCGUCAAAUACCCUGAAAUUCUUGCACCCGUCAGCGUCCACGCCGCCUUUGACAAAGCAGCGCAUUACUUUGGGAUGAAGCUUGUUCACAUUCCCCUGGACAAGAGAACUAUGAAAGUAGACGUGAAGGCCAUGAAGCGCGCCAUCAACAGGAACACCGCCAUGCUGGUUUGUUCAGCGCCUCAGUUUCCUCAUGGAAUCAUGGAUCCUAUUGAGGAAGUAGCUAAGCUGGCUGUGCGCUACAACAUCCCGCUGCAUGUGGACGCCUGUCUCGGUGGUUUCCUCAUCGUCUUCAUGGCCAAGGCCGGGUACACACUCGCCCCGUUUGACUUCAGGGUAAAAGGUGUUACCAGCAUCUCUGCAGACACGCACAAGUAUGGUUACGCCCCCAAAGGUUCCUCUGUGAUCCUGUACAGUGAUAAAAAGUACCGUCAGUACCAGUACUUCGUAGCUCCAGACUGGCAGGGGGGAAUCUACGCCUCGCCCUCCGUCGCAGGUUCAAGGCCUGGAGGAAUCAUUGCCGCCUGCUGGGCGACCAUGAUGCACAUGGGAGAAAAUGGAUACGUAGACGCCACGAAGAAGAUCAUCAGCACAACACGAAAAAUUAGAAAUGAAAUCCGCAAGAUAGACGGCGUGUUUGUGUUCGGGGAUCCAGAGGUGUCAGUGGUGGCUGUAGGCUCAGAUGUUUUUGAUAUUUUCCGCCUUUCCAAUGCACUGACGUCUAAGGGCUGGAAUCUGAACACACUGCAGUACCCGUCGAGCAUCCACAUUUGUUGCACAGUCCUGCACACCCAGCCAGGUGUCGCCGAUCACUUUAUUGAAGAUGUCAGAGAGUCAGUGGCCGUCAUUAUGAAGAACCCCCAGGAGAAAACCACAGGAAUGGGUGCGAUCUACGGCAUGGCCCAGUCCAUCCCGGACCGGUCCAUGGUGACAGAGAUCUCCAGAGGCUUCCUGGACUGUCUGUACAGCACUGAACUCCCCAAGACCAACACCAGCCACAUGAACGGGAACGGGAAAGCCCACUGAGACCACACGGGUCCGCACGGGUCCGCACGGGUCCACGGUGACCCGUCUCACACCCGCUCAUGCCCGGCGCUCUGUUGCCUUAUCUCGCAUAUUCACACCGUACUGAAAACACCCGCGUAGAAGCACAAGCCAUCGCCGUUUUAACCCUCAAAGACCCAAACAGCCACUGGCAACCAAAAACAUCCACUGAUCUAAAAUGUUCUCUAAUCCUAUCAAUACAUGUCAAUAAUUAGUGUAAAAUACAGUUCACGGUCAUCAGA